AUGUCUUCUUCGUCUGAGAGCUACGACAUCGUCAUUGUAGGCGGCGGCACGGCGGGCCUUGUGCUUGCCGCACGCCUGUCCGAAGAUGCCAGCAUGAAGGUUGUCGUCGUCGAGGCAGGGCCGGACCAGCUGGCCAACCCUCAAGUCUUGACACCGGGCAUGUGGCCGUUGCUCUCUCACAGCAAGCUCGACUGGGCAUUCACCACCGUCCCUCAGGGAAACCUCGCCAGCCCGGCUGCCGUUGACCUGCCCCAAGGCCGCCUUCUCGGCGGAAGCAGCGGCAUCAACAGCUUCCUGUUCACCCCGACUUCCAAGGAUAAUGUGAAUGCGUGGGCCAAGCUCGGCAACGACGGCUGGGACUAUGACAUCUUCCAGGCCGCUCUCAAGCGCUCCUACACGUUCCACACCCCGUCUGGAGUUCGGCAGGGUGACGGACCGCUGCAGCUGGCCGUUCACGUCUCGGAGCCUCAGGUGACCUGGGCCAAGGCGUGGGCCGAGAGCUUGGAAUCGCUUGGCUUCCCCUCUUGCGAUCCGUUCUCCGGCACCGUGUGCGGCUCGUUCGACAAUCCUGAGUCCGUCUACCCGGAAACCAAGCAGCGAUGCUUCUCGGCCAAUGCGUACCUCGGUUCCGCCCGCGACAGAGCCAACCUGACGGUCCUCACCGACACCACCGCCACCAAAAUCCUUCUCAAGAGGUCGUCGGAACACGGCGAGGCCGUCGUGGCUGAAGGCAUCCAGAUCAAGACCAAGGACGGCGAAGUCAGAACCAUCACGGCCCGUAGAGAGGUGAUCCUCAGCGCGGGCGCAAUCAACUCACCCCGACUGCUUGAGAUCUCGGGCAUCGGCGACAGCGCGCUCUUGAACCGGCUCGGCAUCGACGUCGCGAUUGACAACCCGCACGUGGGCGAAAACCUGCAGAAUCACGUCUAUACGGGCGUGGUGCUCGAAAUCCGCGACGACGUCGAGACGCUCGACCCUUUCCUCCGCAGUGAACCGCAGGCCGUCAACGCCGCCACGCAAGCCUACGCUCAGGGCACCGGCCCGCUGGCCAGCAGCAGCAUCGUCGCCUCGGCCCAGCUCCCUCUUCCCAAAGCAGGCCAAGGCGACGACGACGACAUCGCCCAGCUCGUGCAGCAGCACCUCAGCACAGACUCAGCCCGGGAUGCCGCGCAAAAGACCACAGCCGAAGCCGCCGCUUUCACUGCCGCAAAUGAGGCCUACGUCCGCCGUGUCCUCACCUCGGCCACCGAAGCAUCGGCCACCUACCUCAUCUUCCCAGCGUACAUGUCCUUCGAGGACCUCGAUCCUCGCUUCCGCGCGCCUGGCAACCACAUCACGAUCGGGGUCAUGCUCUCGCACCCGCUGUCCCGCGGGUCGGUGCACAUCACGACGGCGUCCGCGGACGCGCUCGCGGGCUCCUCGGGGGUGGCCAUCGACCCGCGCUACCUCACGCACCCGCUCGACAUCGAGGUGCUCGCGCGGCACGUGCGCUUCACGGAGCGGGCGAUCGCCGCGGCGCCGCCCAUCGCGCGGUACCUGAAGCACGGCGCUGCCGGCAGCCGGUUCGCGGAGCUGGGCGCGGCGCGCGAGUACGUGCGAAGCACGGCGCGCGGGGCGCACCAUUACACGGGCACCUGCGCCAUGCAGCCGCGGGAGCUUGGCGGCGUCGUCGAUGCGCGGCUGCGGGUGCAUGGGUGUGCCAACCUGCGGGUGUGCGACGCCAGCGUCGUGCCGCUGGAGCCGACGGCUAACACGCAGGCGGUGGUGUAUGGCGUGGCGGAGAUGGGCGCGCAGAUCGUGCGGGAGGAUUUGACGAGGGCUUGAGGUAAGGGGGUGCCGGGUCUAUCUAUCAACUGGUGUGUCAGGUAGUUACGUGGAUGAUUGCCAAUCGAGCCAAUCUGACGUUCCUGCAGCGU